AUGGCCUGUAAAGAUGCACAGGACCAAAGAAGCAGAGGUCUGCCUGGCUUUCUUCCUGGAGCUCCAGCCCCUGACCGCAGCUUUCACCCCUCAUAUCCCCACCCAGAGAACCAAGUGUGGCAGCCAGCUCUCCCUCGGCCAGGCAGUCUUCCUCCUGGGCUAGAAUAUUUAAGCCAGUUAGACCUGAUAAUUAUACACCAGCAGGUGGAGCUUCUUGGAAUGAUACUUGGCACUGAGACCUCCAACAAAUAUGAGAUUAAAAACAGUUUGGGACAAAGAAUUUACUUUGCAGUGGAAGAAAGCAUCUGCUUCAAUCGUACUUUCUGUUCCACACUUCGAGCUUGCACUCUGAAGGUCAUGGAUCACUCAGGUCGGGAGGUGAUUACAGUAAACAGGCCCUUGAGGUGUAAUAGCUGCUGGUGCCCUUGCUACCUGCAAGAGUUAGAAAUCCAAGCCCCUCCUGGUACUAUAGUUGGUUAUGUUGCACAGAAGUGGGACCCCUUUCUGCCUAAAUUCACAAUCCAAAAUGCAAACAAAGAAGAUAUUUUGAAAAUUGUUGGUCCUUGUGCAACAUGUGGCUGUUUUGGCGAUGUGGAUUUUGAGGUGAAGACCAUUAAUGAAAAACUUACAAUUGGGAAGAUUUCAAAGUACUGGUCAGGAUUUGUAAAUGAUGUCUUUACCAAUGCUGACAACUUCGGAAUUCAUGUUCCCGCAGAUCUAGAUGUGACAGUCAAAGCAGCAAUGAUUGGUGCUUGUUUUCUCUUUGAUUUUAUGUUCUUUGAACAUUCACUAGCUGGAUUAUAA